AUAUGACCUUUGGAGGCAAUGACAUGGCAUGAGAUCAUGACACCAUGGUGUGGUGACUUUCUGAGACAGCACCAACAGCAUGAAAGCAGUUUUGAGGCGUUUGGUGCAGGGUGGUGCUUGGGUUAAAGAUUAAAUUUGUGGGCCCACAUCUCAAACUGUAGUGCAGCCAGGCCAGACCCAGUCACUCGCUGUGUGGGGGAUCCAGCAGUUCCAACUUUGCCCCCUCAUAAGGAAAAAGCUGUGGAGAGAGACUGGGAAUUUGUCUGGCCUUAUGUAGUUGAGCCAAUCAGAAGGGACUCAAGUGAGUGACAGCCAAUCUUUCCAUUCAGCAACAAAGGGACCCCGGCACCAAAGGCAGACGAUUGUCUGCGAGAGGACGUAUUUCUCAACCAAUCAAGUUUAGGGAUAGGAAAGAGGGCGGCCUCUUACCACUCAGAAUACAGGCUGAAGCAGGACAAAGCACAGAGUGGCGGCUCUUCGCCCAAUGGCGGAUGGGAUCGCUUUUGAACCGUCCAAUGAGAUAGCCGGAGGGCGGCACGUCUUUUUGCGGGUAUAAAACCAGCUGCUGGGGCAGGGGGCGGCGGCGGCUGGCAUUUGUUGGCGGCGGCGGGGAGUGCAAAUUAUCUCCUGCCGGCCUCUCGCUCCGGAGCUUUCGCCUGUCUCUCCCCGCCAUGACGACCACCACCACCUACAAGGGCGUGGACCCCAACGGCAGGAACAGCUCCAGGGUAUUGCGCCCUCCAGGUGGAGGUUCCAAUUUCAACUUGAGCUUUGAUUUGCCAAAAGAGCAGCCUGUGCGAAGGAACAAAAUGGCAUCCAACAUCUUUGGUCUUCCUGAAGAGAAUCCAGUUUCUAGGGAUGGCUCAACAGGGGCCAUGCCCAGAGGUGUCAGAGAAGAUUCUGAACCGUCUGGACCCCAAAGGAAAAGCUCUUCUGAUGCAAACUGUGGGGACUCUGUAGAUCCAAAGGAUGGGGAAAGCGGUGAAACUUUUGAAAACAUUGAGGCUGAUGUAGAAGCUGCUCCAGGCCAGAGUGAAGAAAAAACCCUGCCUGCUGCACCUGUUCCUAGCCCAGUAGCACCAGUACCUGCACCAUCCAGGAGAAAUCCACCUGGUGGAAAGUCCAGCCUAAUCCUCGGUUAAACCCGUUCCUUUCUGACUGUUUUGAACUCGUGUCUGUUUCUUUUCCCCCAUGCUUGUGAACUGCACAACUUGAGCCUGACUGUACAUCUCUAAUUUCUUUCAUUAAAAAGAAGCACUUUAUGUACUGCCUUUUUUUUUUUUUUUUUUUAAAGAACAAGUUUUUUUCAUUUCUGUUUGGUCUCCCCUGGAUCUACUGGAAAUGACAUGUGUUUUCUAGUAGUAAACAUGAGGGAAAGCUUUGAGGGAUAGUAAUUGGCUCUAAGUGUGCUUAGAGGGUUUUUGUACGGCGAUUUUUAGAACCUCUUAUAGUCAGCCUUUACAAGGGUUUAGAAUUCUAGUUGACCAGGCCAGCAAACAAUGAAUGAGAGCAGACCCCCCUUCACCGCACACAACUGUUGGUUAUCCAAAACUUAAUUGACUUCCAUGUGGUAAAUGUCUAAGAACAGUACAGAAGUGUGAUCUAGUGUAUGCCAUGCUGCCUUUAAUAAGGAGUAUCUUAGAGUUGGACCAUUAUGAAAUCGGGCAUGUGCCAUAUUUAGGGCUGAGAUGCCUGUCCUAAUACUGGGGAGGGAUUUGGGUGUACAGCAGAAACUUAAUCCAGUAAAGGUAGAAUGAGGUGUGGAUCAUACCAAGUGAAAAUUACAGGGGCAUUUUAUUAUAAAUGACUCAGUGCUGUGCAUGAUCAUGCUGGUGCUUGACCAUGAGGUGAAAAUCUCAUCCUUUUAAAAUGUGUGUUGUAACUUCACAAAGCUGGACUGUUGCUUAAAAGUAAAUAAUAUAGAAGUUUUGAA